UGUUUUGAUCCAGCAGCACCAUCGGAAGAGGGUCCUCAGUCCUCCUCUCGUGUUUGUAGGAAACCCACAUAACUUCUGUCUCUCUCUCUCUCUGAUCGACCUUCCAUUCAUACAGAUCUCUCUUUCACGCUCUGCAUUUUUUUACAGUGUCUAAAUUCUCUCCCUCUCUCUAGAAAGUGAGCGGUGGAGAUCGGGAUCUCUGCCUUGGCUCGCCGGAAAAUUUCACAGAUUCGGCUGGGAGGGAGGACUAGACACCGAUUCUUCUGACAAUUUACGCAGAGAGAAUUAUUAUAAUACAGAAUUAUACAUUAAGAAAGAGAGGGAAUAAACGUGGUUAACGUGAAACAAAGGGGUAAAGAAGCGAGAGAAAUAGCAAGAAAAUGAGGAGAGAGAUGAGAAGAGAAGGGUACAGGAAAAGGCAUCGAAGCUUUGGAGGUUAUUUGCACGGCACACAUACCUAGAUCUCUUCUUCAAUCUCCUUCUCCCUUGCCUUUUGCCGCAAUUUAUUCCUAUUUUAUGCCUCUUUAUUAAUAAUUCAGUUUAUCUCUCAAAAUCCUUAUCACAACCUCGCUUCCUGUGUUUAAAUUCUGCUUCUCUUGCCUUUUAUCUCUUUGUCCCCGCCUUUCUCCGUCUCUGUGCCAGCGUGUUUUUCUCGGAAUUUGUUGCUCUUCCGAUAUUUUGUUUUUGGGGGACGGUUUCGUAAUUGUCCAAGCUGGAUCUUCUUGAAAUUUCUUAUAGAAUUGAAGUGUUUUUGCUGAGGUGGAAGCCAAAGACAUUUCUUUCUCCGUUAAGUUUAGACCACACUGUCUGAAAUAAUGAACCCAAGGGGUUCGUCUCCUUCAUCCUUUUUCUCUGAGGAUGUGCGUUUUCAUGAUGAGAGACAGGUUGGCCUAUGGAAGAUGGAUACGAUGCCUGGUUACUACGGUUUGGAAACGGGUGGAGCACUCAAAUCCGGUGGUCCUGAUUUGUCAUCUCUCGAGAAUAGGACCCCACUGGAUCCUCAGACGGGAAAGGGUUUUGAACUGCCUGAAUAUUUUCAAAGUCAUGUUCAAAAAGUUAACAAUACCUUAGAUAAGCACAUUGUUGGAGCUGAAAGAGCAGCCAGCCAUUCCUUGCCUAGUGGUGUUGACCAUGAUCUAAGUGCUAGAUUUAAUUCAAAUGCGGAGUCUGCAUCUUACAUUUUGAAUGGAAAUAGAAUAAAUGUCCUGGGUGCUCAGUUUGAAAAUGGUCUCUUUUCAAGUUCAUUAUCUGACUUAUUCAGUAGAAAGGUGAGAUUAUUGUCAAAUGAUGCUUCAUAUGGUCAUUCAUUUGGUGGUGGUGCUGCCUCGCACUAUGAGGCACAAGAGGGUUCUGAGUCUCUUGAAGAACUUGAGGCUCAAACUAUUGGAAAUCUUCUGCCUGAUGAUGAUGACUUGCUUUCUGGUUUGACUGAUGGGUUUGGCUACAUUGCCCGACCUAAUAAAGGGGGUGACAUGGAAGAUUUAGACCUAUUUAGUAGUGUUGGAGGACUGGAGCUAGGAGAAGAUGGUCCCUCACAAAGAAAUUAUGAAUUUUCUGAUGUCUCUUCUAAUAAUCAUCUGGGAUUGUCGUAUGGUUCCAAUGAUCAGAAGCACCCGUCAAGGACACUCUUUUUAAGAAAUAUAAACAGCAAUGUCGAAGAUUCUGAAUUACGAGUGCUUUUCGAGCAAUACGGAGAGAUCCGCACUCUAUAUACAGCCUGGAAGCAUAGAGGGUUUGUUAUGAUCUCAUAUUAUGAUAUUAGAGCAGCCCAAAAUGCAAUGAAAGAUCUCCAGAGUAAGCCAUUAAGACGUACGAAAUUUGACAUACAUUUCUCAUUUCCGAAGGACAAUCCAUCAGAAAAAGAUAAUCAGGGAGUUCUUCUUGUUUAUAACCUCGAUUCAUCUAUUUCAAUUGAUGAACUCCGACAAAUUUUUGGUGUUUAUGGUGAGAUCAAGGAGAUUCAAGGGACCCCCAAUAGAGGUCAUCAGAUAUUGAUAGAGUUUUAUGACGUUAGAGCUGCAGAAGCUGCUCUUCGUGCAUUGAACAGGAGUGAAAUUGCUGGAAAGCAGAUUAAAGUUGAAGCGAACGUAACUGGUGGUUUUGAAAGAUUAAUGCAGCUGGACCAAGAAGAAUCUGGUCUUCAAGUGCAGCAGAAUAGCCCUCCUAAUAACUUGACUUCUGUAUUUUCUGGACCAUAUCCACUUGGGGGAAUCACAUCAAGUACGAACAACAGAACUAUUCUUGGUUCACACUUGAUGAAUGGACACCCAAUUAGUCCACUCUUGGAUAACAUGUUUCACCAUGGGGCAUCAUCUAGUGUACCUAACAGUUUACCCUCUCUGGUGAGGAUGGGAUCAGUAGGAAAUCAGUCCAGUUUUGGUGAAUCUGGUCACUCACAGGGAAACCUAAAGUUUGAAAUUCAGGGGUUGUCAAAUUCCCAUCCCCAUUCACUUCCAGAAUAUCAUGAUGGUUUAACUAAUGGGCCUCCCACUGGUUCUACCAGUAACAUGGUUACAAAUAUCAGUGUUCGACCACCAGUAAUCUUAGAGAACCAGCAGUUUCAUAGAGUUAGCUCUAAUGGGCAGUCAAUUGAGUUGGAUGAAGGUGUUUUUGGUUCCUCUGGAAAUGGAAGCUGUCCUCCUCCUGGGCGUCACUACUUGUGGAGUAAUUCACACCAUCCUCAGUCGCAAGGCAUUGUGUGGUCAAAUUCGCCAUCGUUUGUCAAUGGGAUUGGUGCUGCUCGUCCUCAACAAUUGCAUUCAGUUCCUAGAGCACCAUCUCAUAUGCUGAAUGCAUUUAUGCCUAUAAAUAACCACCAUGUGGGGUCAGCACCGUCUGCCAAUCCUGCUCUCUGGGAUAGACGACAUGCUUAUGCUGGGGAAUCUCCUGAUGGCACUGCUUUUCACCCAGGUUCACUUGCAAAUUUGAUGAGAUCGGGUAGUUCACCACAUCCUUUGGAAUUUAUCCCUCAUGACAUCUUUCCUCGCACUGGUGGAAAUUAUAUGGACCUGCCAAUCCCUUCUAAAAAUAUUGGAUUGCAUACUCAUCAUCAGAGGUGCAUGAUGUUUCCUACUGGAGGCCAAAUGAUUUCUAUGAUGAGUUCAUUUGAUUCUCCUACUGAACGGAAUAGAGGACGCAGAAACGAAGGCAGCUCAAGUCAAUCUGACAACAAGAAACAAUUUGAGCUUGACAUAGACCGAAUUGUAUGUGGAGAAGACAAGCGCACGACACUAAUGAUAAAGAACAUUCCCAACAAGUACACCUCAAAGAUGCUUUUGGCUGCCAUUGAUGAACGCCAUCGAGGGACUUAUGAUUUCAUUUACUUACCUAUUGAUUUCAAGAACAAAUGCAAUGUGGGUUAUGCGUUUAUAAACAUGACUGAUCCUACCCUCAUAAUUCCUUUUUAUCAGACUUUCAAUGGAAAGAAAUGGGAGAAGUUCAAUAGUGAAAAAGUGGCAUCCUUGGCAUAUGCUCGUAUACAGGGAAAGGCUGCCCUCAUUGCACACUUCCAGAAUUCAAGCUUGAUGAACGAAGACAAGAGAUGCCGCCCUAUUCUCUUCCAUACUGAGGGUCCUAAUGCAGGUGAUCAGGUUCCCUUCCCAAUGGGCACUAGUAUUCGACCAAGGCCUGGAAAAAUUAGAGCCAGCACUAGUGAGGACUUCAAUCAAGAAGUCCCAUUGAAUGGGGAUGAAUUUUCCAAUGGAGACUCAUCUUCAGGUUCUGGCAAGGAUUCAGUUUGAGCUGUUGGUUCCGUUUUGUGAGCACUAACACUGUAGAAUCGAGUAUGUAUUAGUCAUUCACUGAAUUUUACUAAUGUAAAUUAAGGAUCAUAAACGGAGCAGCUGAAGGGAGAAAAUAUCUUUGUGAAUUUGGAGAGUGCAGAAAUUUGACAGAUUGGUUGACCCAGGAGUUGCAUUGCAAUUUGUGGUUGACAGAGCAAACGAUUUUGAGGAACUAAAUUCUAUAUGUAUAGGGAGUUUCUGAGCGACGGCAAAUUAUGCUGCUGCAUGGAGGCAAGUCCUGCCAUAUCUUUUUUCUCUUGGCAAUUUUCAUUUUCCUCCUUUUGUUAUUAAUUUUGGGCAGUAUGCUAAGAGAUCUCUGAGAGAUUGUUAACAAUUUUUUGUUGUAUCAUUUGUUUUGAAUUGGAGGACGUCUGCAUUUUGUGCAUCCUUUGUUUCUACCACUCAUAUUGUCUGAGUUGCUGGCA